GGAAAGAAAAGACGUGAAAGAACGAUAAAGUGGGGUUAAGGGCAAUAUUUUGAUUUCUCUAUUUUCCUUUUUCCUUUGGUCUUCCAGAGCUUUUUGAAGUUGUUUAUUCGUAAUGGGAAAUGAGAAAAAGCGGAGAUCCCGCAGCCGAGAAAGGGACAAGGAGCGCGAUAAACGCAAAAGAUCUAGGUCAAGAAGCAAAGAUCGCUCAGAUAGACACAAAAAACAAGAACGAGAAAAGUAUGAUAGCCAUUCCAACAAAUCCGACAAGCAAGAAAAAGGCGACAGGGAUAAGCACAGAGACAAAUAUGAGGAGAAGGACAAGAAAUACAAGGAGUCACGAAAAGAAAAUCGGGAAGAUACUGAAGACACUAAAGGUAAUAUCAAAGCUGAAACUAAAGUAGAACUGAAAUCGGAUCCUGCAAAAAAAGAACCCUUGUCAUUGGAAGAGCUUCUGGCAAAGAAAAAGGCAGAGGAAGCUGCCAAAAGCAAACCAGUGUUCCUCACCAAAGAACAAAGGGCUGCUGAGGCCCUCAAAAGGCGUCAAGAGGAGGUAGACAGACAGAGAAAAAUGCAUGAUGAAGAGCGUAAAAUCAUUGAUGCAAUGCAGUCCAGUCGCCAAGAUGAUUCUAAGAAAGAUGAAAGAGAUUACAGGAGAAACAGGAACAGAGAAGUUGAAGAGGAAAAACAGAAAGACAAGGAUAAGGAAAAGGAGCAGGAUGCUAUCAAAGAGAGGUAUUUAGGACUGAUCAAGAAGAAAAGAAGAGUUAGGAGGCUCAAUGAUAGAAAGUUUGUUUUUGAUUGGGAUGCUGGAGAAGAUACAUCUUUGGAUUAUAAUGCUCUGUAUAAAGAAAGGCACCAGGUUCAAUUUUAUGGGAGGGGUAACUUGGCUGGAAUAGACAUCAAAGCUCAGAAAAGAGACCAGAGCAAAUUUUAUGGGGAACUGCUGGAGAAGAGAAGAACAGAUGCUGAAAAAGCACAGGAGAAAGUGAGAUUGAAGAAAGUUAAGAGGCGUGAAGACAAGCAGCUAUGGGAUGAUAGACACUGGACAGAAAAAGAUCUGCCUGAAAUGACAGAAAGAGAUUGGAGAAUAUUCAGGGAAGAUUACAACAUCACAAUAAAAGGCGGAAAAAUUCCCGAACCGAUACGCAACUGGAAGGAAUCCGGCAUCCAAAAAGAGCUCCUGGAAAUCGUGGAGCAAGUGGGCUACAAGGACCCCACACCCAUCCAGCGGCAGGCCAUCCCCAUCGGCAUGCAAAACCGAGACAUCAUCGGGGUGGCCGAGACUGGCUCAGGGAAAAUGCUGCCUUCCUCUUAUUUUCCCCUCAAUUUUCUUACAGAGAUAUUAUCUCUUCAUCAUUCUCACCAGGCGGAAAAAUUCCCGAACCGAUACGCAACUGGAAGGAAUCCGAUAUCCAAAAAGAGCUCCUGGAAAUCGUUGAGCAAGUGGGUUACAAGGACCCCAUGCCCAUUCAUCGGCUGGCCAAGACUGGCUCAGGGAAAACGCUGUCUUCUUCUCAAUUUCCCAUCAAUUUUCUUACAGAGAUUUCAUCUUUUUCCAUCAUUCUCACCAGGUGGAAAAAUUCCCGAACCGAUACGCAACUGGAAAGAAUCCGGCAUUCAAAAAGAGCUCCUGGAAAUCGUGGAGCAAGUGGGUUACAAGGACCCCACGCCCAUUCAGCGGCAGGCCAUCCCCAUCGGCAUGCAAAACCGAGACAUCAUCGGGGUGGCCGAGACCGGCUCAGGGAAAACGCUGGCCUUCCUCUUCCCGCUGCUGUCGUGGAUCCAGAGCCUGCCGAAGAUCGAGAGGACUGAGGACGCGGAUCAGGGUCCUUACGCUAUCAUUUUGGCGCCCACCAGGGAGUUGGCUCAGCAGAUCGAGGAGGAGACGGUCAAGUUCGGACAGCCGUUGGGGAUCAGAACGGUGGUGGUGGUGGGAGGGUUGAGCAGAGAAGAGCAGGGUUUCAGAUUACGUAUGGGUUGUGAGAUAGUCAUUGCUACUCCGGGUCGUCUCAUUGAUGUACUGGAAAACCGAUACCUUGUACUGAACCAGUGUACUUAUAUUGUACUCGAUGAAGCCGACAGAAUGAUAGAUCUCGGUUUCGAACCGGACGUACAGAAAAUUUUGGAAUACAUGCCGGUAUCCAAUCUGAAGCCCGAUUCAGAGGAAGCAGAAGACAGCAAAGUUCUGUUGGCCAACUACAACAGCAAGAAAAAGUUCCGACAAACCGUCAUGUUCACGGCCACCAUGCCCCCUGCGGUGGAACGUCUAGCCAGGACCUAUCUGCGACGACCAGCCGUCGUCUACAUCGGCUCCAUCGGCAAGCCGGUAGAGAGAGUGGAACAGAUCGUGCACAUCAUGAACGAGAACGACAAGAGACGGAAACUCAUGGAGUACUUGUCCAGAGGAAUCGAACCGCCCGUGAUAAUCUUCGUGAACCAGAAGAAGGGCGCCGACGUGCUGGCCAAAGGGCUGGAGAAGCUCGGCCAUAACGCGUGCACGCUGCACGGAGGCAAGGGCCAGGAGCAAAGGGAGUACGCCCUGGCCAGCCUCAAGUCGGGCGCCAAGGACAUGCUGGUGGCGACAGAUGUCGCCGGAAGAGGUAUCGACAUCAAGGAUGUGUCCAUGGUCAUCAACUAUGACAUGGCGAAGACCAUCGAAGAUUAUACCCAUCGUAUUGGUCGUACAGGGCGUGCCGGAAAAACUGGUAUUGCCGUCAGUUUUUGCACUCAAGAUGACUCUGCCCUUUUCUAUGAUCUUAAGCAGAUGCUAUUGGCUUCACCUGUUUCAACUUGUCCACCUGAGUUGAUGAAUCAUUCUGAAUGCCAGGUGAAGCAGAAUGCCCCCAAAAGAAGAAGGGAUGAGAUGAUUUUUGCAUAAAUACUAUUAGAUGUGAAAUUUUAGUAUAUUGUGAUUAAGGAUAUCAAUAAACAUGAAAUAACCAUGUUGUUUGUAUUCAUUUCAAUUUACACUUUUUACUAGGUAAAAUUGCAUGCAAUAUAAAUGGAAUCUAAACAAUUACAGCAUCAAAAGGUCCUGCAGAUGCUCAUCAAUGAUAGGGAACUAAAAUGUAAUUACACAGUACAUUUUCACAGUUAUAAAACUUUAUUACUGUUAUUACUUAUCAAAAAUUGUACAGAAAUCUUAUUAUCUCCAUCAUUCUUACAUCUAGAGGAAGUUGUAACUGAGGAUGCAUCAAACAAAACUGCUGAUGCAAAUAUUUCUUUCACACAUACAAAACAUCCAUAAUUCUAAUCCUAUUCAGUUCGCUGUAGCUAGAGGAUUCCUGACCACCAGAAUAACAGCAUCACCUCUCAAGAACAUCUUUGAUAUAAAACGGUCCUUGUUCACUGGUUUUGCCUUCUUUUUCCCUUUCCCAGGUCUGGGCAGCUCUGUCCACAUUUCUUUCACGUUUUCCAGCACCAUGUUGCAAUGCCUGUCGAAAGCCUUCACUCUGCCGAGCAGUUUCUUGUUGUUCCUGCAGUUGAUCAAAACUUGCGUGUUGUUUUUAACCGACUGCGUGAGCACCGAAAGGGGGCCCGUGUUGAAUUCUUCGUCUUCGCGAGCUUGCAGCUCUUCGGCGGUCAUCUCCGAUUUCGGUUUAGCGAGAGCCAUGACGUGAUUUUAAUCAGGAAAAUAUUAAAAUUUAGUGGAAAAUUGUGAGCUACUGCCGCUCGAAAAUAUUUAACUUUAGGUUAGGUCACCGUUUGGAUACGUAUCUUCUUCUU